AUGGCUGGAGUGCUGCGGUUGGCCAAUGGCGAGGCGGUGCGGAGCUACCUCUUGGGCCGCUGGGCAGUGACCAAGAGCUUCGACUACCGCCGCGGAGGCGGCCGCGGGGAGUUGCAGGGCUUCGCCACCUUCACGGAGACGCCGCUGAGCGGUGUGCUCAUGUACGAGGAGCGGGGUGACAUGCAACUGGAGGGGCUUCCCCGGCCGGUAGAGGCUUAUCGCCUCUACUGCUUCAACACCAGCAAAUGGCCCGUGGAGGUCUAUUUCGUGGAUGAUCCCACGAAGAAGCACCUGGCCUCGCUGCUGCCCGAGCUGCCGGUGCACACCUCCUUCUUCGUGCCUUUACCCUUCGAAGAGGGCGCCGGUGCGGGUCCCGGAGGUGCUGCUGCCACCUUCAACCACCUCUGCGUGGACGAUCUGUACAGCGGGCACCUGCAGGCCGUGUCGCCGCGGAGCUUCGAGUGGAACUGGUCCGUGAAGGGGCCCAACAAGGAUGGCUCCAUCACAGCGAGUUACCAGCGCGUGGAGCCGUGA